CGACUGUUUGGAGGACUAAGGCGCAGAUAGGCAUGUAACAUUAAAAGAUGGAACUCGUGGAAUUAGGGUUAAAAUUUGUGGAAUGGAUUAAUUUUGCUCUGAACAUGGACCGGUGGCGAACUCUUGUGAACCCGGUAGUGAACCUUCGGAUUACGUAAGAGGCCGGAAAUGUCUUGACUAGUUAUGCGUACGAUUAUAAUAUCAAGGUCUGUGCUGCAUUGAGUUUACCGCCGGCCGUCGCUCUUGAAAGGACACGAAAUCCUCGACAACCACGGAUUACCAACAACCAUCUUCUGCCAAUGUGAAGGUCUCGGUCGCCAUCUUCCCCGCUCCACCACACCCGAACUGAAGUAAACAUUUUGAUGGGACAGGGUCGAUAUCGGCCCGGGGAUCGGGAAAUCAAGCAAACUGGAACUCAUGGAAUUAGAGAAUAUUGUUGCAAAUACUGUAUAUCUAAAAGCGAGAGAAGGUGGUGCAGAUAGUAACAAAGGAAAAAGUAAGAAAUGGAGGAAAAUUUUGCAGUUCCCGCACAUAUCACAAUGUAUAGACUUGAGGAAUAAAAUAGAUGUAAAGUAUUCAUAUGUUGUGGAUCAACAGCCAAUCGGCCGGUUGCUGUUCCGACAGUUCUGUGAGGAUGCAAAACCAGAAUACCAUCGUUACAACAUCUUUCUCGAUUCCAUCGUGAGUUUGUGAAUAUGAGUACCAUUUUAUUUGAAUAUAAGGUCCAGAUUAUGAGACAUGGCAACAGGUAUAUAAAGUGCUGA